AUGGAAGCAGAGACAUUCACACUCGACUCCUCACGCUAUCAUUCAGAUCCAGAAUACAGGCAAUCGGUACAGCAACGCUUCGUCGAGGAGCCACAACAAGUGCCGGUAACCGGUGAGGAUGGGUUCCAUCUGGGCGACUCCGAAGGACCUCACAACAUAAGGCGCUAUUAUAGCGACUACGACUACCGCAAAUACGUGCAAGACUACGUGGCUGGGCACACGCAGGUGACCACCUUUGGACGCUACAAGGAGAUGAAGGAGCAGCUGCUGAGCGAUGCGCGCCGCUUCGAUCAUCUGCCCGUGCCGGGCGCCACCUACUGGUACAUCCAGGAUGCUCAAGGCGGCACCGUGAGGGUUCCUGACUUUACGCAGCGCAUUUAUGCCCAGCAGCUGAACCGGAGGAUUGACGAGCACAACAAGGCCCAGGAUGAAAAAGCUCCGCCGCCUAUGGGGGACGUCUUGCUUGGCUUUGACGUCCUCAAGUUUGCUAAAGGGGAUGCCCACGCCCCCGAGUACACUUUUUUGAUGCAGCAAUUUAACUUCAGGCGUGAGGAGCUUGCGGCUCACUUGGUGCAAUUCAAGUCGGCCUACACUUCAGCCACAGAGCCAGCUGGGCGGACUGGCGCAGUACACGAUGAAGUCCCAUUUGAUAUGGAUCUUCCGGAGAAUCGUGGCGUCCGAAACACUAUCAAACGCAAGCCCGUGGUUGAGCAUCAUCCGCCCGCAAGUCCCUUACCACAGGAUGGCAAUAGUCACGACUCGCCUUUGGCUGCUGUGAAUCCGCUGCUGGGCGUCGACCGCGCAGAUGCGCGCCCUGCGUUUGGCGGUGCUGAUGCACAUCGCCUGGGACUGAAGCGACCUGGGCCAGACGUUCCACGACAUUGGCGAACAGAAGAAGAAGUACGAGCAGAUCCUUACCAUAUUGACCCUGUGGAUCCAAGGACCUUUGCACAAAUCCCAACGGUUCCUGAGUCUCACUUUGUAGAUCCUCUGGGAAUCACUAUCCCCGGGGUUCAGGAGGCCAAGCCAUGCUCACGGUUUCGUCACCCUAUCACUCAAUGGCCCAUGCAUGACUGGCCGGAAUUCACGACGAUGCUGGCAGCUCAUGGCUUAACCUAUGACGAUUUCCGUAUUCUGCGCCGAGGCGUUGUGUACAUCCAGGAGGAGGGCAUACGCGGGAGAAAGCCCUUUGCAAAGUCACUGCACCAGAUGAAGGCGUUUCUGCAAGGCGUGACACAAAACCUCCAGCGUCGUGGCUUGCACCUCGAAGUGGCCGUGGGCAGCGGCAAUGGCCUACCUGCCUGGCAAUACUGGUAUUUGAAUGUUUUCCACGUCUUCGUGGGCGGUAGUCGGCCUCCCCGUCUGGGGGAUAGUCGCCAAGAUCCCGAGGAUCUUGCGCCUCUCUUUCGACAGGUGCCUGGGUUAUCAGCUGAUAAUAAUCUUCUCAUGGCAACAUUACUGGCCGUUGCAAGCCCAGUGACUCCUGGGCUCUAUAGGGUGCGUGGCUUCAAUGCCGGGUUAGAUUUUGCGAAGACGCAACUUGGCCACAUGUAUCAAACGGUGCCGGACGCUCCUCGCGAUGCCAUCAACGAGACGCUCGCUGGCUUGCGUGAGUUUGACAACGGUGGCACCAAUCUGGUGACGCAGCAAGAACUAGUCAAACUACUCCAGCUCGCCGGCGUCCCAAAUGCGCUGCGUGCCAGUUGCCUGGGGCAGCCUCGAAAGACGCUUUUCGAAGAUGGUCCAGAAACGCUUGUCUCGCCCGAGGCUCAAGGUUAUGCCGAUGAGGCUACCUUUAAAAGGCGCCCCAACGGUUGGCUGAUCUACCCAGAGGAGAUUCCCUUCGCGUUGAAUACCGCGGCCCCCGAGUCUCUCAAGCGCCGCGGCAUGACGCAGAUUGACAUGGAUCUCAUCCAAGAGCGCAUGAAUCUCUUCCAGCAAGAGUAUGUAAAGAAAUUCACAAUCAUCUUUUGGCUUACGCUGGGACUAGGAAUGCUUGCCAUUCCGUAUUUACUGAAAAGGAAGAGGAAGGCAAUCACUGCCUAUUUGGACUCAGAGGUCAACCCCGUUUUUGCGGCGCAUGGGAUUUAUGUAUCAGUCGGCAAGGACGAUGACCCGUGCUACCCUGCGUUGACUGUAAUUUUAAGGUGA